AUGAGUUACAACUACGGAAAGGGCUAUCCAGGGGUGGGACACCCAGUACCCAGUGCCCCCUACAGUGGAGGCAGCGGUUCAUAUCAAUCGGGACCCUCCGCUCCAUACAGUGGCGCAGCAGUUCCACCAGGUGGCUAUUAUGGUCAAGGGCAAGGAGGGCACUACGGACCUGGACCAGGGGGUGCGGGUUACGGGGGGCAACCUCAUGGAGCACCUUAUAACCAUCCUGCUCCUUCAGGGAACAUCCCACCUGGUGUCAACCCAGAGGCUUACCAGUGGUUUAAGAGUGUCGACACGGACCACAGUGGGUAUAUCAACCUGAAGGAGCUCAAGCAGGCUCUUCUCAACUCCAAUUGGUCAAAUUUUAAUGACGAAACUUGCCUCAUGAUGAUCAACAUGUUUGACAGGACAAAGUCAAGUCGUAUGGACCUUUACGGUUUCUCAGCGUUGUGGGACUUCAUGCAGAAAUGGAGGGCACUCUUUCAGCAAUAUGACAGGGAUCGUUCAGGGUCUAUCAGUGGCACAGAGCUACACCAAGCCCUUGCACAGAUGGGCUACAACUUGAGUCCCCAGUUCGCCGAGUCAUUGGUGCGUCGCUUCAGCGUGCGUGCUGCACGUCCCGGCAUGCAGUUGGAUCGCUUCAUCCAAGUGUGCACCCAACUGCAGAGCAUGACUCAGUUCUUCAGAGAGAAAGACACAACAAUGACAGGCAACAUCCGCCUUAACUAUGAGGACUUCCUCUCAGGGGCCAUUACAAGACUCAUGUGA